AGAAAGUGCACGCACAGGAAGUGACAUCAGAGGGUCUCACACUUCCUUAUUUUGACUGUUCACUGAUGCAACAGAGCGUUUGUUGUGUGAUUUGUGUGAAUUUGGGCCAUCUUCAUUAUGACGCUACCAUCUAGGCUUCCGGAUGAGUACCGCACAGCAGGCCUGGUCUUCUAUUGCUUCAUCUUCAUCAGCGGCGUCAUCGUCAACCUGAGCGCUUUAUGGGUGUUUGCCCUGACCACCAAGAAGAAAAGUACCAUCACCGUGUACAUGACCAACGUGGCGCUGGUGGACCUCAUCUUCAUCCUGUUGCUCCCCUUCCGGAUGAUCUACCUCCACUGGGACUUCUGGCCCUUUGGCGACAUUUUCUGCCGCAUUAGCGCCGCCCUCACCGUUUUCUACCCGUGCAUCGCUUUGUGGCUUUUCACUCUUAUCAGCGCUGACCGAUACAUGGCCGUCGUGCAGCCUAAGCAUGGCAAGGAGCUGAGGAAUGUCCCGAAGACGGUGGCGGCAUGCGCGGGUGCAUGGCUUAUGACCUUGGGAAGCACCACCCCCUUGCUCUUCCCGGGCGGGGGCAAUCAGACCGGCAACUUCACCACAUGCUUCAAAAUGCAGGACGUCAUCUGCCUGCGGCGCGAAGACUCCGUCAACUUGGCCCGCGUGGCCUUUUUCUUCCUGCUCCCCAUCUGUGUUAUGAUUGGCUGCUACGUGGUGGUUGUGGACAACCUGAUCCACGGGCGCACCUCCAAGCUCAAACCCAAAGUGAGGAGGAAGUCCAUCAGGAUCAUCAUCACGCUCAUCGUUCAGGUUUUGGUUUGUUUCGUGCCGUUCCACGUGUGCUUGGUGCUGCAUUUGCUAGGCCUGGACAAAAAUGAGGCCUUCUGGACAUGGGUCGUGUUCUCCACGUUCCUCAUGAACUUAAGCACGGUUCUGGACGUCAUUCUGUACUACAUCGUCUCCAAGCAGUUCCAGGACAGGGUGAUCAGCGUGAUGCUGUACAGAAACUACCUGCGAAGCGUCAGGAGGAAGAGCAGACACACGAGCAGCCUGCGAUCCAUGAGCAACGUGACCAGCGCCAUGAUUUGAAACUUACCCACUGCAGUAAAAAUGUACAACAGUCAUUUAAUUUACCUGGAUGUAAUUUACACUCGCAGACUGAGAGCGCUGCUGUCUGGGGGAAAACAUCUGUGUGUCGAACUGAUGGAGCCACCCAGGAGACUUCAGAGCGCCUCUGCACAAAAACACAAAAACAACACAAGGUGUUAGUUAGCAUGCAGGUGAAAAUCAGGAUCCCAAUCAUUAAAACAUAGCCUACAGUCCUGUCUUUCUUUGUCAUCACACAUAAACAUAUUAAAAACACCUACAGAGGUUUAAAAUAUACAGGAUUCUAUAAAAGCUACAGCUUCUAUUAAACAUUUACUGAGCUUGGCUUCAUUACUGUUCUGAUACAACCUGAUACAUAAGUAUGAAGAAUAUCUCUUCUUUUUGAGAUGCAAAUUAAUUGCUGACUGAGCCCAAGAAAACUGUUUGCCUCUCAUUUGCAUUAGAGUUGCUUGGUCUCUCCAAUGUACGUGUCACUGCACUCCCCACUACACUGCACUGCAUGUGGCAUGUUCCCGUUCUGACAACCCCCGCGCAACCAGUAACUGUCUAGUCAUGUGGUGUAACUCUGCUAACACUGCUGGAUGACAAGAGGGUUCACUCUGCAUCUAUCUGUGCACAUUGGUUCUAUAGUGGAAUGAAUGGAGCGAGUGAACCCUCCUCUCAUUCACCGUCUUUGUGGAGGCGGGGAUACUAGUGAGUGGAUACAGAGUGCUAGCAGCAAGUUAGCCUCGUGAGCCAGCUUACGCUAACAUGAAUGAAGGCACAGCAAUGAUGGUUUCUAAGGCGAAUGCCACAGCCCCAGUGUGGGAGUAUUUUGGUUUUAAACAGAAUGAACAAGGUGAGCGCAUGGACACUGAUGAACCGACGAGGAAGAGGGGAACACGACCAACUUGUUUGGUCAACAGCAGAAUUGAUGGUUCCAUUUAUCACAGCAAGCCUUCCAGGUCGUGAAGCAGCAAAACAGCCCCAACCAUCACACUACCACCACCACAUUUUACUGUCGGUAUGAUGUUUU